GCUAUGAAUUUGUGGGCAAAUAAAGCUAUAGUUGAUCAACUUAACACUAUUUACUAAAACGCAUUACCUAAUUCUCAAUUCGUUCAAUUGUGUCUCCGUAAUUAAAUUAUUAAUCAUUUGAACAAUCUACAUCUUGAUCUCAAUGCACAAUUCAAACUUUCAACUUAAAACAAUGACAGCGCUAAAAUUAAGACAGUAAAAAGUGAAAUUUAUAAAUGACGCAACCAAUCGCACAAAUGACUCGAGCGCAUCCAGCUUCAGUUAGAUAACCAUUAUUUCCUGUGCUAGGUUUUCCACGGUUUCUGUAGUAAUUGAUAAUCAUCUUGGGCCUGUCAAUAGCAUCCCACACGAUGUUCCAAACGAAGAAACGCCGAUGAACUUUAACAAUAGACUGAUGCACUAUAAGAGUGAUAUAAUAGUGUUAUAGUGACUUUAACGAGCUACAAGGGAGACGCUUUUCAAAAUGAGCCUCUCUGUGACUACGACUACGAACAAUAAUGAUGAACUUGCUGUAUCAGCAAGAUGGUCAGCUCUUCGCGUAGCAGCCACACGGCGUGGUGGGGCCCGUCGUUUGAGGAGGGAGAUCGCAGCCCUCCAUGGCACUCUGGACGAGAUAUGCGAGCCUGGAGACUGCGCCCUGCAGCCCCACACCAAGGCACAGCUCAACAGGAGGAUUGAGGAGCUAAAGGACCGGCUAUCUCGCCUCCUAGAAUGCAAGGUGUCGAUGCUAAAGCUGACGGUGUCGGUGCGCCGAGCGCUGGGAGAAAUGGAGAGCGACGACAGCGGGUUGGCUGGCGAGCUGUCCGGUCUACUGGCAGCGUGGGAUGAUGCUCAUCAACGUACAUCCAACGAGCUACUGUCCCUUGAAAAGGCAGUAUGCGCGUGGGCUGAGUGGGAGAACGCCCUCCGCGACCUGCAAGGCGCCCUGAGGGGAGACCUGGCCACACUGGAGGCCUUGAGGGACAAGGGGGCCGAAGUUGGGGACCAGACCGAAGUGGCUGCUCAGAUUAGGCAGCUGGCUGCUUCACUGGUGGAUAAGAAAAAGGGUGGUUCAACAUGCGACUCCUUGUCCGACUCUGGCAUCUCCGAUGGCGAUAGUGAGGGAGCCGGCGGGCGCGCGCGUCGCCUCAGCGCCUUGCGCGAGUUGGCACGCCGCUUGCAAGCCGCGUUGGCUCCCAACUCACCUGCACACAGGGCUAUUGCUAAGCGUAUGGAGCAAACUGAGAAUGAAGUGCGUAUACUGCAAGAAUCUUGCAAGGCACUGGUUGAGCAGAGCAUUCCUGACCUUAAGAUUGAAGAAGAAGAUCACAGUAUUAGCACGGUGGCUGGAAGCAAGACCGGCGCUGGUGACCCAGAUUAUAGCCCUCGAGGUGGCUGGGUAUGGCGUGUGCUUCGCUCGUCGCUGCCCAUUCAACUCUGCCUCGUCGCCUUACUACUGGCAGCUUGGCUCGUUGAGCGACCACGAUGCUGUGAUGCCCUAAACUCGCUCGCUCAAACCCUGACUCCUCAGCUCCGUUAUGUUCGAGGACCCCCACCUGUCUGAACACUUAAAAUGUGUUUCUUUGUGAUCACUAGCUACAUGACUAGCUAUUCGCCUAACCUCGCUACUUAGAAUUGAUGCGAGGUUACUGGCAAGUUGCUUUAGCACUUCCAAUGCUAUGGUUGUGAUAUACAUCGUUGUGAUGAAUGUCAUCUUUUGACAUCUUCGACUAACAUUUAUGGGUUUAUUUGUACCCAAAAGUCGUGAAAUGAUGAUUCCAGGCAUAUGAAAGUAGAAGAGAGGAUUGUAGGUUUACAAUGGUAUACCAAGAUGAUUGCGUUAGGAAAUAUUUUUAUUACUAACUAUUGAAGAAGUGAAUUGUUGUGGCUAAGUAGAAAGAACUAUUCGAUGAAAUAUCAUUAUUACUAACACGGUAUAAACAAAAUUUUAUAAAAAUGUAUGAAGUGUGACAUUUUAAGAAUUUCGUGGUAGAUAGAUUCUAAUACAGG